AUGCACCGGAGGGAUCUCUUGGUGAAGCUAUUGGGAACUUGCUGCAGUAAGAUAUCAAUUGCACAGUUGCACUCCAAGUGUUUGAAAUUGGGCCUCGCCCAUGAUAGUUACAUUGCUACCAAUCUUAAUGUUCUUUAUGCUAAAUAUGCCUCAGUUAGAGAAGCAUAUAAGCUAUUCGAAGAAUCACCUUGUAGAACUGUCCAUCUGUGGAAUGCUAUGCUUAGGAGCUAUUGUUUGGAAGGAAAAUGGGUAGAGACACUGUGCCUGUUUCAUCGGAUGAAUGCAUGUGCUUUAUCAGCUGAGGAAAGACCUGACAAUUUCACAGUAUCAAUUUCUUUGAAAUCAUGUGUUGGUUUGCAGAGGCUGAAACUGGGCGAAAUGAUUCACGGGUUUCUCAAGAAAGAGGCAAUGAAUAAUGAUGUGUUUGUGGGAUCUGCCUUGAUUGAAUUGUAUUCGAAAUGUGGACGAAUGAAUGAUGCUGAAAAAGUGUUUAUGGAGUAUUCAAAUCCAGAUGUGGUUUUAUGGACUUCAAUGGUUACAGGCUACGAACGAAGCGGCGAUCCUGAACUUGCACUUGCAUUUUUCUCACAAAUGGUUGCGUCAGAGAAUGUGAGUCCUGAUCCAGUGACACUUGUUAGUGCUAUUUGUGCUUGUGCUCAGUUAUCGGAUUUUAAGCUUGGAAGAAGUAUACAUGGAUAUGUAAAAAGAAGGGGAUAUGACACUAAGUUAUGUUUGACCAAUGCACUGCUGAACUUAUAUGGAAAAACUGGUUCUAUCAAGAGUGCAUAUAACGUGUUCGAGAAAAUGCCUGAUAAGGAUAUUAUAUCUUGGACCUCAAUGGUUGCUUGUUAUACUGAUAAUGGAGCUGAAACCAAGUCAUUAGAUCUUUUCAGUCAAAUGAUUGAUAACAGAGUUGAACCCAACAGGGUUACUAUUGUUAGUGUACUGCGAUCAUGCACUAACAUGUCCAAUCUGGAAGAGGGUAUGAAGAUUCACAAAUUAGCAAUUGACAAUGGUCUUGAAUUGGAUAUGGCAGUCUCUACAGCUCUUAUGGACAUGUACAUGAAAUGCUUUAAGCCUGAAACUGCAAUUAGCCUCUUCAACAGAAUGCCAGAGAAGGAUGUAGUUUCUUGGGCUGUUUUGUUUAGUGGGUAUGCUGAAAUUGGAAUGGCUCACAAGUCAAUGGGCAUUUUCCGCAACAUGUUAUCUAGUGGAACCCUACCCGAUGCAAUCGCCCUCGUGAAGAUUCUUGCUGCUAGCUCGGAUUUGGGGAUUCUUCAACAAGCCGUUUGUCUUCAUGGUUUCUUAACUAAAUGUGGAUUUGACAAUAACAUUUUUGUCGGCGCAUCUCUCAUAGAGAUGUAUGCAAAAUGUAGUAGCAUAGAUAACGCUAACAAAGUUUUCAAACAAAUGACACAUAAAGAUGUUGUUGUGUGGAGCUCAAUCAUUGCAGCUUAUGGAUUCCAUGGGCAAGGAGAAGCAGCAUUGAAGUUAUUCAACGAGAUGGUUGAUAGUUCACAUGUUAAGCCUAAUCAUGUAACCUUCCUUUCUAUUCUGUUUGCUUGUAGUCAUGCAGGUUUGAUUAAAGAAGGGAUAAAGAUAUUUGAUACAAUGUUAAAUGAGUACCAAUUGAAGCCGAACUCAGAGCACUAUGCCAUAAUGGUUGAUCUUCUUGGCCGGGUUGGAGAGCUAGAUAAGGGCUUGGAAAUAAUCAAUCGUAUGCCAAUGCAAGCUGGUGCUAAUGUGUGGGGAGCCUUGCUUGGUGCAUGUAGGAUUCAUCAAAACAUAAAUAUGGGAGAACUUGCAGCUCAGAAUCUUUUUUCCUUAGACCCUAAUCAUGCAGGGUAUUAUGUACUCUUAUCAAAUAUUUAUUGUGGGGAAAAGAAUUGGCAUAAUGCCGCAAAUAUUAGGAAAUUGGUAAAGGAAAAUAGGUUGAAGAAGAUUGUAGGUCGAAGUAUGGUUGAGUUAAGGAAUGAGGUUUAA